AUGUUCUUUUUAGCUCAUCACUCUUAUCCUAAAUCUAAUGAGCUGGGGGCUAACUGUUGGGGUCGGAAUCCUCCCUACGAGCUCAACGUCCACAAAUCAUGGAAAACUGUGAAUCCGGCGAUCCAAGCUAUGACGAGCUACGGUCGUGACGAACUAUGGAGAAUUUACGCGAGCAACGGCAAGCUGCGUCAUGGAGAACUACGAACUCAAUCCACGUUGACAAACCUGCAACGAAACAGAGUUAUCAUCAUGCCGACGAGCUGCGAACCAUGCGACAUCAAAUAUGGGCCGAACCGUUCUUGGGCCGAACCAACAUCUACCUCUAACAAUCAGAGGCCCAUGACGACGAUCCACAAUUUGCCCUAG